GCCUCAUCGUAUGGACUGGGGCCAUCAGUGCAUUGGGUCUGAUGACGGUGCUCUCGGCAGGCAUGGGCUGGGUGAUCACCAUCAUCCCACGCAUAUACACCUUCUACGCGUCCACGCUGCUGUUCUUUGUCUUUGGUGUAAAGCUGAUAAGGGAUGGGUCUCGCAUGACCCCAGAAGAAGAAGCGGAAGAGUUUGAUGAAGUGACUCAGGAGCUUAAGAAGCACGACGAGGAUAGGGAAAACAUCAGACGCGAAUCGGACCCUGAGGCCCCACCCCCCACGGCGUCAGACGAACAGCGUGCGCGAUGGCAAAAUGACAUCGCCAAUGGUAUACUCAUGCAGGCGUUCACCAUGACCUUCUUAGCCGAGUGGGGUGACCGCUCGCAGAUCACCACAGUUGUCCUGGCCGCACGAGAGAAUCCUUACGGCGUGGCUAUUGGUGGUACCAUUGGCCAUGCGGUGUGUACGAGUCUGGCUGUGGUGGGAGGGCGCAUGGUCGCUCAGAAGAUAUCGGUUAAAACAGUUACCAUUGCCGGUGGCAUCGUGUUCUUGAUAUUCGCCUUCAUGUCGAUAGUACAAGGGCCCGACGCUUAAGACACUCGACGCAAUGGCAAUUGAUAAAAAAUUUGAUUUAAAUGUUAAAAAUCCUCGG